AAUCCCACUGACAUGGUCCAUGGGAAAAGUGAAGUUGCACAUUUGCUAGUUUUUGAAUCUGGAUUCUAGAAUGAUCUCAUAUAGAAUUGUUGGUGAGGUUUCUAAAGUUAUAUAAACCCUGCCCAUUGCAUUGCUUUUAGUCCAUAUCUCAAAGUCUCAUCAUAUACUGAAUAAACACAUUCCUCUGAACCCUGAAUUUUGAAUUCUUUUGUUAGCAAUGGCGAGAUCGAGAUUGGUAGCGGUUGUGUUUAUUGUAUUGCUAUGUAUGGAACUUACUUUUGCUGCAAGAUCAUAUGUUAAGAAUAAAGGUCCUAAUUCUCAUGGUAGUCAUGGUGGUGGAGGUGGUGGAGGAAGUGGAGGUGGAGGUGGUAGUGGUAGUGGGGUAGGAGAUGGUGGUGCAUCAGGGUAUGGUUCUGGUUAUGGAAAAGGAGGUGGAGAAGGUUAUGGUGGUGGUGGGGAAGGAGGAGAAGGUUAUGGAAGAGGUGGAGGUGGGGGUGGGGGAAGUGGAGGUGGUGGUGGUAGUGCGGUGGGAGGUGGUGCAUCAGGGUAUGGUUCUGGUUAUGGAAAAGGUGGUGGAGAAGGUUAUGGUGGUGGUGGUGAAGGAGGAGAGGGUUAUGGAAGUGGUGGAGGUGGAGGAGGAGGUAGUGGGUCUGGAUAUGGAACUGGGGCUUCUGGCAGAGGAUCGGGAUACGGUUCUGGUAGUGGUUACGGGUCAGGUUACGGGUCUGGAGGAGGAUCUGCUGGUGGUGGCGGUGGAGGUAGUGGAGGGGGCGGUGGUGGUGGUAGUGGAGGAGGUUCCGGAGGUGGGAAUGGAAGCGGCUACGGAUCUGGAUAUGGGUCUGGCAGUGGAGGUGGGUCUGGAUACGGGAAAGGAGGCGGUGGCGGCGGUGGUGGUGGCGGCGGCGGCGGUGGUGGUGGAGGAUCUGGCAGUGGUUCGGGUUAUGGAAGUGGAUCAGGCUAUGGAUCGGGACAUGGUCGUGGGGGACAUCAUGAAUCCCCUUAAGUGACAUUAUAGUAAUUAGUUAAUAAGCACCUAUACUCGACUUAUUGAGCUUACUCUUAUUCCAGUGUCGUCUUAUUUUUGUCUCUAAAUUCUCUACAUUUUACUCUACACAUAUUGUAUUUGAAAUCAAAGCUCAGCUUGCCUUGUACUCAUAUAUGCUUAGUUGCAAUUAGAAUAAAACUUGAUAGUCUACUAGUACAUGCAUUGUUAUGGGAGGAUAUUUGGACUGAAUGUUUCAACCUGAAUGUACUCCACCCAACAUUCAGUUGGAAACUAUACCAAGAAGCCGAUAACGUGUUUUAUUUUAAGAA